AUGGGAAAUUGCAUAAAGAUUAUUCGCAGGCUUUUCACUAAAUCCUCAAAGCUAGCAGCUAUUCUGAAUAAAUCUCGCAUCUUUAACACAUACGAGAUCAUAGUAGAGUUCUGCUCCAUUAUCUUUUUCAAUACUGUGCCUUCUAGGACUAAUCAAUCACUUUUGAUAGGCAUGUUCACUGCAUAGUCAUUCGUCUGCAUCAUAGGCCACAUAGCUGUAACAAAUGCAUGUGAUGAUAUUUGGACUUACUACAAAAAGAUAGGGGAGGAGGCUAAAGCUCAUGGAGUUUGUAUAAAUGUCUACAUUUAUUACUCAAUGCUGAUAGUAGUCUCAGUAGGAAUGCUUGUCAUCCGAGGAUUUUCUCUGGUUUAUAUGGGUAAGUCCUAUCGAUAUCUGUAAAAAAGAGAGGCAGAGAAGUAGAGAAAGCGACAAAGGCGCAUUGAAAAGGAGAAAAGAUUACGCAAAGAAAAAAGAAGAGCUUUGCAGAAGCUGCUAUAAGAAUAGAAAAAUGAAUUGUUUAAAAAGUCAGAUGAACUUAUAAAGGAAAUUGAAGAUAGAAUCAAACAAUAAGAAUGA